GACGAUGCCCAGCCGAGUGAAGGCAGCAGAGCAAAUCCGACAUACCGCACAUCGACGACGAGCUCAACUGAAGGUUCUGAUAUUCCCGUACCGAGGGACGAUUGGGCUCCCAUGAGCAACACGAGAAGAAAGUUCACCAAUGGUGGAAAGUUCAAGCCAGGAAAUACUCUGAAUCGAUCGGGUCCUGGUGCAAAUACCCUAGCCACCAUGAGCCAUCGUGGAGCAAAUGUUCCCGAAAACACUGCCAAACGUCAAAAGACAACCCAUGGGUAUUCGUUUGAUGAUGCCGACGACAUAUCGGAAGAUUCGAUCUGGAAUCGCAGUUUGCAAGAACAACCUUCGGCGCCACCAAGGAAAUCCAGCAUCAUCAGCGUCCACAGUCAAAGUCAAGAGAUUCCCAGUCAGAAAGCUGGUCCAUUUACGCACAACGAAGUCCGGAAUGUACAUAGUGUGCUGAAUUACAGCAAGAANAAAGGUCGCAAACCCAAGAACGGUGCAACACUACCGAGCUCGCCACAUCAAGGUGGGACUGCCACUGAUCCCGUUUCUGUCGACGAUAACGACGAUGUUCAGAUUCUCAGUGACCAGCGCAGUCCGCCUCGGUCUGCUUAUCAGCCAGCCGCUCAAAAGACAUCUUACGGCGAGGUUGAUGGCCACUUCGCGAAAAAGGCAAGAGCACAAGAGAACAGAAAUCAGGUCAAGCCUGCCACCUAUGUUCUUGAUCGCAUAGAGGUUGAACUACCUCGCUCACCUCCUCUUGCUGCGACGUUCGUGAGAGAUUACGAAGAACCUGAUCAGGUCGAAGUACCACACCAGGCCCCAACGAAGAUGAAGAACAGGAUGCAAUCAACGUCCAACACUGCCCGACCUCUCCAAGAGCAACAAACUGUUGAAGACUCGAGUGAAGAUGAACUAUCACACGGACCUACGGUGCAGUCUUCUGCUCGGAAGUCGAAGCAAGUCGCGCCCCAGCGAUCAACGUCUCCAAAUCACAUUUACUCUACGCAUUUCACGAAUAAACGACGAAAUGACAAGACCAAAGAUAACCUCACAAUUCCCUUGUCAUCACUUCGUAUGAAAGCUGGAAACUGGGAGAAUCUCUACCUGAUUUACUCUUGGCAGUACAAGGCUAUGCAAUUCGACAAGAAUGGAGAGAUGCUUCGCAGUAACGGCGCAAAGGUCCAGAUCAGCAGUAAACAUGCCCAGAACGUAUAUUGCAGCUUGCGAAGCUCGACUGCCGUCAUAUUGCUUGGAUCUAAGGACAACUUCUCAAGUGGUCGAGUUUGGUUUGAGUUCAAUACGGCAAAUGACCGCGAUACCUUCUUGGAAGCUGUCGAUGACAUGAAUGAGAAAGCGAUUGUCAAAGAGCUGGAAGAGGCUAAAUUCGCACAUGUAUGCGAGGCUUCGAAGACAUUCUUCAUACCAGCAGCUGAGAAUACCGACCCUGAACUACAGGCCAUGGGUCACCGGCANAGAACAAUUCAAAAGGUGUACACGAAUCGAGAGCGAAAUUUGGCAGCACAAAAUGGGGUUUCGCUUCCCGAAUCCACGGAUCAAACACCCACCCCGAGGUUGACUCGCGGCAUGAAACUGGACUUCGCCAACCACUCAGCCAAAGAAUCAGUGCAAGACCUUUCUUUGCCGCCGCCCACGUCUCGCAUCGAGCAAAGUACGCCCGUGAGAAGCAGCCGAAGACUUCAAAACAAAGACAGUGGCAAGGCUGCAGUUCCUGUUCAGCCAGAGAUUGAGCGAUGGACUGCAAAACAUGGUAUCCCCAAGUGGGAUGCUCCGCUGACUUACCCUCCUGUCGGNAAAAACAGAACUACUAUUGACGCUGAAGAUAUCGCACGGCUGGAUGAUGGUGAGCUGCUCAAUGACAACAUCAUCUCGUUCUGUCUUCGAGAGAUGGAGGAAAACAAUCCAGAUCUGAAGGGCAAGGCCCACAUCUUCAACUCCUUCUUCUACUCGACUCUCACCAGUUUGCCGUCGGGCAAGAAAGGGUUCAACUACGAGGGUGUCAAGCGUUGGACAAGAACCAUCGACUUAUUCAGCCAUCCAUAUGUCGCUGUGCCAAUCAACACUCAAUAUCACUGGUUUCUCGUCAUCAUUUGCAAUCUCGACAAGCUUGAGCGGAAACUGAAACUGGACGGCCUUGGAGACGAACAAGAAGAGCCCGAAGUUGAGCCCCAGUUGACUAUCCAGGAGCCUGUACCAUCUCAAUCGACAGUUUCGAACGACAUCGAGAUUCCCGAGUCACCACCCCAAGAAACCAAGGACGACGGCUUAUCGCAAGGAGUGAAGCGCAUCUCGUUAGACGCAUCACAAGAACAGGAAGAGGAAUUACCACCUCUCAGCAAACUGNNGAAGCCCAUACGCAAAGGUAAAAAACAAGCACCGCCUCUGCCAAAGGUGGACCCAGACACGUAUGUCCUAUCAUCCAGUUUCAACAAGACCGGCACCCACACCCAAGAAGUCAAGAACCUGAAGCAAUACGUCGUUCAUGAAGGUCGCGACAAGCGAGGCCUAGAAUUUGAGUAUACCGAACUCAAAGGAAUGAACGCCCGCGGUCUGCCUCAGCAAACAAACUUUUGUGACUGCGGCGUUUACUUGAUUGGCUACAUGGAGGCCUUCCUCCGCGAUCCUGCUGAAUUUGUUCGCAAGGUCAUGUCUCGCGAACUCGAUCACAACAACGACUUUGCCGACUUUGAUCCGUCGAAGAAACGAGCAGAGAUACGUGACAGGCUGAUCAAGCUUGAGNNGAAGAACAGAGUUCUGCCAAAAAGCAGAGAAAGAAAGAAAAGNGCGCGUCUCUUGAAGAUGGCCAACCAAGACACUACUACCACAAGUCCAGCUCCUGUGCCUAAGCAGAUGAGCUCACCUAUGAAACCCUUGGAGGCGCAAACAGACUCUAGGAUGGUCCAGAGCUCGCCCAUGAAGCCGCCACCACCGCCGAUGCACAAGCCGAGUCCUUACAAGUCAAGUUCGAACACAGUGGCGUCCUCUCGCAGAUCCUCACCAACGCUGAUGCGCCAUGUAAAUGAUGAGAUGUUGUUCGGUGAUAUUGGCGACACCGCUGAAGAAAUCGGCGAGCGUGCCGGGCUCGGCGGUCAUGACAACUACAGCUAUCAUCAAAAGGGCGAUCACAACGAGCAGGCUAGCACCAUUCGAACUGAGAUGGAUUUUGUAAAUGAGGUCCGGCAAGCAGCUCAGUAUGCCUCGCAGGUAGACUGCGAAGAAGAGCAAGAAUCUCAGUGGCAAUAG